CCAGGGGCAGACUGACCAUUUGGAAACUCGGGCACUGCCCGAGGAGGCCCGGGGUCAGUAGGGGGCCCCAUGAGAUGCCCCUGGUACCUUUUUCAUAGGCGUUUUUGAGUUUGGGCAAGGACACAGGGUCCCCUUGAUCCCCUAUUGCUCAGGGGGCCCAUGAGUUGUCAGUCCGCCCCUGGUACAAUCCCAGCAUUUUGGGCAAGGACACAGGGGCCCCAUGAUCUCCUAAUCCCCGGGGGCCCCAUGAGUUGUCAGUCCACCCCUGGC